CGAUGUUUGACGCUCUUAGAAUGGUGCUGUGCCCGUUGCUGGAAUAAAAGUCGUUUCCAGAACUUGUGGUGACGGCACUCGCAUAUCGCUCGACGCUCAUUCGCAACAUGAUCGUCAUCAACUCAUCUCUAUGGCUCCCUCUCGUCUGGCGCACGCAGAAUGAAAGCUACGCACUGGUUGCGUUAUGUUUCGCGACUAUAUACGACUACCUACUUCGAUUCGAUAGCGAGAUGCAAUACGUGUGGACAUGGUCCUCCGAUUCGAAAAUCCCACAGCCUGACCGGUCGCGAUCGCGAUUUUCCUUGAUCAACAUGCUAUACAUCCUGCUGCGCCAUUUAGGUAUUCUGUACAGCCUACUGGAGCUCUCGUUCUUUGUAUUUGGAACAAGGAUGUCUGAUAAAGUGCGCUACGUACUGUUCCUCGUCUCCAUGAGCUUCCAGGUCGUCGUCAUCGGUGCACUACAGGCGAUGAUGAUACUCCGGCUACACGCUUUGUACUCGGGCUCAACCAAGAUGCUAUACUUCCUGCUCUCGUCAUACAUCCUACAGUCCAUCGUCUCGGUGGCAGCGUCCAUCGUAUUGUAUGGUCCUCACGGACAAACCAUCAUGUCAGACCUGAUGCAAAACAGCGCAUGGAUAUGCGGCAACCUCCUCUCCUCGUCCGCGUUCUGGGCAGGCACACUCAGCCAGCUCACGACGCUCGCGUACGAAGCGGUGAUACUCGCGCUCACGCUCUACUGCUACGUCCGCAACUGGGCCACCGCGUGCCGUCUGCGCGGGCUGGCUUUUGUCCUCGUCAGAGACAACGUGUUGUAUUUUCUCUUGCUGCUCACAGCGCUGUCCCUGGAGAUCACAUCCUUCGAGUCGUGGGCUGGAGCUCAACGUACAUCCGAGAACGGUCUAGUCUAUCUGUGCGUAUCAGACGUGAUCGUCAUCACGGCGACGUGCAUAUUCGGACCGCGGAUGGUUAUUAAUAUCCGAAUGCAGGAGCGGGGCAGAGGCGCGGACGCGUCUGUGGAAAGCUGGGAGAGCUGUCUUGAGCACCUCAGAUCCGUCAGGUUCGCGACGGCGGUCGUGGCAGAGGGUGAAGUUGACAUGGUUUAGAUUUAUAUUCAACCUUCAUUAUAUUAUUCUUGUAACAUCCUCCGAUUAUUAGCAAUAUUCAUCCUGGAAUUC